CUUGAUUGAUCGCCUCGACGGCACCCAGCAGCCGCUCUUGUGCAAUUAGUGUCCUUGCGACGGCAUCCGACCGACUGGUGCACUCGAAUCGGGCGCAACGGGUACUCACUCGCCCUCAUCUGUCGAUUUUCUAGCCAUUUCUUGCGAUCGCUGCCGCACCAGCGCCAUGGAGCCCUCCGAGCUGUCCAAGUUCAACAAUGACAUCAUCUACCGCCUUGGCCGGUUCCUCAAUCCCCAGCAGAAGCGAUAUCUCUCGCUGGUGAUGCCGCAGUACUCGCCGCUGCUCCUUCCAGCCACCAGCUCGCAAGCGAGCACCUCCGAGAUUGCCCGCGCGCUGGUGCAGAUCAGCGAGGAGCCGGACGAAUGGCGCAAGCAGCCGACGAUGCUCAAGGUCGUGAUCCUCUCACCCAAGCUCAUCUACCAAAUCUACGACAACCUCAGGGUCCUUGUCAAAGAGACUUCGUCCAAGCGCCACCGCCGGUUCCAGUCGGCGAUGCAGGUCUUGCUGACCUCGGUCGAAACCUUGAUCAUUUCGAACCUCCAGGGCGACCCAGAGAUUGAGGAGAAUGUGCUCGAGAUCUGGAAGGCCGUCUUUGCUUCGGAUGGGCAGACGAAUCGCACGGGAAAGGAUGUCGAGGACCAGGCGACGUCGCCGAUGAUGCUCAAGAACCUCAAGCGCCUCAGUCUCUCGCGGGUCUCGACCGAGUUUGUGAGUCUGGUGCUUGCCCGGAUCGACCCCGAGUCCCUCACGCACCUCAAGAUCAACCACAUCGACAACCUCGACAACGGGACCAAUCCAGAGACUCUCAAGCUUCUCCGCAACUUUGUCAACCUCAGGCACAUCGACGUCUCCCACAACGAGCUUGGUCUUGGACGCUGCAGCAAGCGCACGCUGUUGUAUCUCCUGCAGAAGAAGCCCAAUCUCGAGACGCUCCGGCUCCGAUCGACCAAGCUCGGGUCGAUCACGGCGCUGGGCGCCAACCACCUCUUCCGGGCGCUCAGGACGACGACGACGCUGAAGCAUGUCGAUCUGAUGGACAACGAUAUGGGCGCUCUCGGCAGCGGCCACAUCCUGCUGGGCCACAUCCUGCACGACAAGCCCAACAUGAAGAUCUUGGACCUGACGUCCUGCCAUCUCGAGAAGAUGCCUGUGGAAGAGGUUCUGUCGGUCUUUGGCGAAUGCCACAUGGACGGACUCGAGGUCCUCGAAGCCUCACACAACGACUUUGGUAUGACCGAAGCCGGGCGGCAGAUCCUGACCCUCCUGCUGCGAAACAAGCCCCGUCUGCAGCGCCUCAACCUGUGCUUCAACAACCUGUGCCGCAUCACGGCCAACGACGUUGCUGCGAUGGAGGCCGAGUUCAAGUCCACGGGAAUGCCAGAGCUGGUGGAGCUGGACCUGGCAAGUAACUUCCUGGGCUCGACCGAGGGCGGCCGGGAGCUCUUGCGCUUCCUGCUGUCGUCCAAGCCGCGAAUGCGUAUCCUGAAGCUCGACUGGAGCUCGCUCUGGCAGCCUUCGGUCGAGGAGGCCGAGGAGCUGUUCCAGAGCUUUGUUGCGAUGGAGCAAAUCGAGGAGAUCCAGGUCUCACACAACGACCUCGGCAGCACCGAGGGCGGCAUCAAGGCGCUCCAGUACCUGGCCCACCACAAGCCCCAUCUGCGCCGACUCAUGCUGGACAACAACAACCUCGGCAAGGCCUCGCUGGAGGCCGCCGGGCCAGUCGUUCGGAGCCUCGGCGAAAUGGCCAAGAUCGAGGAGCUGGACCUGUCCUUCAAUGCGCUCGGCACGUCGGCCUGCGGGAAGGAGAUUCUCAAGCAGGCCCUGCACCAGAAGCCCUGGCUCCGAUGGCUCGGCCUGAGCGACAACGCCCUGGCCCAGCUCCGGCUGGCGCAGGAGGACGAGGCCCAACUCAGCACCGAGAUCGCCGAGCUGCGGGGACUCGAGAAGGUCAUCCUGGGCUCCAACCUGCUCGGCUCGACGGACGACGGACGCAAGCUGCUGCUGUACUUCCUACAGCGCAACAGCCUCCGGUCGCUCGACCUGAGCGAAAAUGCCCUUGGGUCCCUGACGCCGGAGGAGACCGAGGAGUACCUGUCUCGGCUGGGGCACAUGGACCGGCUCCGGGGACUCAACUUGUCGAACAAUGCGCUGGGCACGAGCCCGAACGGCAGCGACAUUCUGCGCUUCGGGCUCUGCAACAAGCCCGAGAUCGAGACGCUGCAGCUGCAGAUGAACCGGCUCUCGCAGCUGUCGCUGGACUGGGCAGAGCAGCUGUUUGAGCCCCUCGGGGAGAUGAAGCGCCUGGAGAUUGCCGCCUUUUCCCACAACCAGCUCGGCGAGACCAAGAGCGGCCGCCGCAUCCUCGAGAAACUGCUCCACCACAAGCCCCUGAUGACCUAUCUGCUGCUGGCCAACAAUGCGCUCGCUGCGGCGCCGAGCGAGGUGUUUCGCGAGAUCGAGGAUAUGAAGAGUCUCAAGAUUCUGAACGUCACCGAGAACGACCUGGCAGGCACUCGCGUUGGCCGGGUGCUCGAGAAGCUCGUGGAUGCACGGCGAACCAAGCUCUGUCUGCAGUGAAACGCAGAGCGAUUGGGCAAUAGAGGAUACGUAGAGAAUAGACCGCUAUUUCCCUCAAACGCAUGGACGGAC